AUGUAAAGCUUAUUUCAGGUCUCGUUCAAGUAGUGUCCCACGGCGUUCAUCUUCUCCUUCUAAAGCCCACAGUAUUGGCCACUAUAUGCUUGGAAGAUCUAUAGGAGAAGGCACGUUUGGAAAAGUUAUGCUCGGAACUCAUAUCCUCACAGGCGAAAAAGUCGCUAUAAAAGUCCUCGAAAAAGACCGAAUCAAAGAUUCAUCAGAUGUCGAGCGUGUUUCACGAGAAAUAAAAAUCCUCAAAAUGAUGCGGCACACUAACAUUAUACAAUUAUAUGAAAUAAUUGAAGCUCCCAAACAGUUGUAUUUAAUCAUGGAAUACGUCUGCGGAGGUGAGCUGUUUGAUUUUAUAGUGGCUAGAGGAAAAGUCAAAGAAAACCAAGCAUGUUUAUUUCUGCAGCAAAUUUUGUCUGGAGUUGAAUAUAUCCAUAAACUAGGAAUUGUGCACAGAGACUUGAAGCCAGAAAAUUUAUUGCUGGACGAAAGCCGAAAUAUAAAAAUCGUGGAUUUUGGCCUAAGUAAUACUUAUAGGCCAGGGGAAACCUUAAAAACAGCUUGUGGGAGUCCUUGCUACGCAGCCCCCGAAAUGAUUGCGGGGAAAAGGUAUCAUGGGAUUACUGUAGAUAUAUGAAGCUGCGGUGUUAUUUUAUAUGCAGCUAUAUGCGGAUACCUUCCAUUCGAAGAUGAGAAUACAUCAGUGCUAUAUAAGAAAAUCAUGAGUGGGGAUUAUAAAUGCCCUAAAUGGGUAAGUUUCGAGGCCCAAGAUCUAUUGAAAAGAAUUUUAAACACCAAUCCAGAAGACAGAUAUACAAUUGAUAUGAUAAGAAGGCAUCCGUGGUUUUUAAGGCACGCAGAAGCAAAUAGUAUUGUAAAAUAUGACGAAAUAGUAGCAGAUGAAAAUGUCCUAAAUCAACUGGACCAAUAUGGAAUCGAUUUAGAAAACGCAAGAGAAGCUAUCAUUCAAGGAAAACAUAAUCAUGUCACAGCUACUUAUUAUUUACAGUUAAAGAAAAGCAAAGCGAAUGAAGGGCUGAAUCUAUCAAAAACUCCAAGUAAUCCUGCCCCUCCUCCAGCACCACUGCCAGUUGCUUCUCCGAAUCCUCAUCCACCAUUUAAGCCAAUUCCUGCAGAAAUUAAGCUUAUGAACCCAAAAAUCAAGCGAUUUUUGGAAAAUAUAAGAGUUGAGAGCACAGGUGGAAGCUCAUCAAAAGAAGCAGAUUUGGCUUAUAAAACUCAAGAUUUCACAAGGAGCUAUUAUAAAAGAGAAGGCUCCACAAGGGCAGGACAAAGGAUAAAACUCUAUUCGCAGUUAACUCCACAUCAGCCUAAUGAGCCAAGAUCUGUCUCAACAAAUCCUCGAGUAGGGAAAUAUAAGCCUAAAGAGCCAGAAUCUGCAAAGCCACCUGCUCCAAGAACUUUCAGAGGGAGACAUUUCGUGAAAAGGGAAAAAUCGCCUAUAUCAGCAAAUAUGGAAAAUCACUUGAAUCUCUCCUUUAACCAUAGUCCAAGAGCUACAACAGCUAUGGACUAUUUUAACACCCAAUUUUAA